GUCACAUUGUUGAGCCGGUAACGAAGGGAGUUCAACGAAGUGAAUGCGGGUGAGGGAGGAGAAAAAAUCAACGUCCGUUUUUCGCGUACCGCUGAGGAAUGUCCAGCUCUAAAAUAAUAGUCGUGGUUGAUCCAGUGAAGAAUCCAAGGGGCAUUCCUCAUUUUGAAGCAAAGAACUUUAAGUCGAAGAAAAUAGACAGUGUAUCCGAAUACCAGGCGGUCUACAGAAAAUGGCCAUUCCAGAAACCAAGAACAUCUAUACGUCCAAAAAGCAAUAAAUAUGAGGUCGCAGCCACAAUGAAGUCGGAUACAACUUACAAAAUGGACUAUGCUCCGCCAAAGGUUACGUUGACAGGUCGAGAGAAAAAAGAGAAAAAAAAGCUAAAGGAAAAUGAGCAAUAUAAAUAUCUACAAGAUGAGAUAACUACUAGGGAAAAGACAUAUAGAAAAACUACAUAUGCUUCAGAUUUUUGUCCUAAAGAGGUCAAAAGAAGAAAACCAUUCACCUGCGUUGGGGAACAGAGUUUCAAACCACCAGACUAUAAGUUCUCCUGUCAGUCGAUGUAUCAGCUAUCAUACCUGACUUAUAGCCCGGAUGUCAUCAAAAAAUGUCGUCCGAAUAUGAUAAUCCCACCAUCGAUGCUACAUUCAAAUGUUGAUCGAUUGCUGUCAAAAACUUGCCCGAAUCAAGAGGAAAAGAGUAAAGAUAAGCCAGAGCAAAAACCGAGUCAACCAAAGAUAAAAUCCAGUAUUCCACCACCUGAGGAAGAUGUCACAACAAACAAGAAAACUCCGGAGAAAGAUACCAGCCAAGUUGCUGAUCCCAAAAAAGGAGAAAUGAUCUCAACCUUUAUGGCUGAUUACAAAGCCAACUGGAACGUCAAGAAACGAACAUUAUGUAAACCAGAGGAGACAAACUACAGGGAUGAUUCCAUAAAGUUUGAUGGAACAACCACACAGAAUCAGGAAUACAAGGCAUGGACCGUCAGUAAACCAGAGGUUCCCUUGUGGGGCAGAAAACCUGUAUACAAACAGCCAAUGGAAGGCAUGGCAUUAAACAGUACAUACUCCAUGGACUAUGAUGAUCCUAAAGUGAUAGUAGCUGCAGCUUCUAUGAAACCACCACCCAGGGAAGAGAACAUCAUAAAAGCAAGUGGCGAUGGUAAAGAGUUUAAACCAUCAUCAACAUACAAUAACACCUUUAAAGAAUGGAGGGGAGCACAACCGGCAAAAACAUUCCUUGUCAAAAGUCAAUACAAUCCUCCAAGAGACAAAAUGGAGUUUGAAUCAACACAUAGGAAAUGUUACACAGGACAACUAGCACAAAAAGCAGAAAUAAUAAGACAUUCCUCAGAACACAGACAGCUGAAUAAAGAUGGCCAAUUUUACUUCCAAACCACAUACAACGCAACAUACAAAGACCAUCGUCCAAAGAGCUGCCCAGGAACAGGAAGAGGGAAAAUGCCAGUUGCGGUCAAGACUGCAUGGCAGGAAGACUUGUCCUCAAAGAAGGAGUUGAAUGAAUCACAUGAUUCAGGGAUUGAUAUGAUUGAAUGUGAAAAUUAAGGAAAACAUAAAUAGAUAAUUUUAUUUUGAAACAAGACACAUUAAAAGAUUGCAAUAAAUCAAACAUUCUCUGAAGAAAAUUAAAUAAUCACAUUAUGUAUAAACUGAGGAUAGAUUUCAAUUAUUGUAAUCAAAACUGACAAUUUAUAAACAAUAUAAAAAUUAAAUUGGUUUCUUCAAACAUAACAAAAAACAUAACAUAACAUGAAACUAGAAUAUAAAAAUAUGAAAAAAAAGAAUGUCACAGUGUUAUAGUAGUCUUAGAAAAAGGUAAAUGUAAAAAAAAAAACCUUUGAAAUUUGAAAUGAAUGUUCUGUUUCUCUGGUGCCUUACAAAAUCACUGAAAAGUUUCAGCAUCAACCACUUUUAUCUUUUGAAUGUUCAUUUAAAAUAAUCUUCUGAAAUCUGAAUGAAUGCAUGGUUUUAAAUUCAAAGAAUGGUUAAUGCAUAUACUUUAUUAAAGCUGUAUCUGAAUAAACAAUAGUGGGGAGUUUUUUAAAAAUCCUUUUCUGAAAUUUCUAAUUUAGAGGAAGUAAGUUUAUUUUUUACAUUACUUAAUACAAGGACAUCUCUAUGCCUCCCUCCAGUCUAAACUUUUAAAAAGUUCACAUCCAUAUCAUCCAAAGACACCAAUACAGUUU